AUCCGUCCUGUUGUUUGUUUUGCUGGCAGCCGGAAGCUGAGCGGUUGAGAUGGAGAUAAACGGUGUUAAAGUUACUUUAAAGUCGUUAUUAACGGUAUUUAAAGUGUUUAACCGGUUCAGUUAGAUACAGUAAUAGAUGGUUAACAGUAUAUAUUAGUUAACUUUCUAAUAAUGGAGUCACAAUGUGAGUAUUUCAUGUAUUUUCCCGCCGCUCCGGUCUCCGGUCUGGACACCCCGGAGGACUACUCCUCUCUGCCCCGGAGACAGAGCGUGUUCCUCGGGGAGCUGGUCCAGGUGCUGCUGGUGCUGCGGAGGACUAGAGGAGGUGAAGCACCGUGGAGGGAGCUGGUGGGCUCUCUGUCCGCUCUGGGGAGUGUGAGCGUCGCUGAGAGCCGGCAGCAGAAACCAGCAGGUGUUGAGUACCAGCCGGACAUCCAGAGCACCUGCAGCGAGGAGGAGAGAGAGGAGACCGGGGAGAGAGGAGCGGACAGCAGGGAGAGAGAACCGGACAGCAGCCGGAGCUUCACAGAGUGCAGCCCGCAUCUCACCCACCACACCUCGGCCAGUGGCGGAGGACAGUCUGGGAGGGAACCGGUGAAGUCUGCUCUAGUGUUGGAUGACCAGGCUGUCUUCUGUCUCAACGUCUCUCUGGACAAGCUGCCAGUCAACACUCUUAAAGCCAAGAUCGUAGUGACCGUGUGGUGUCAGGAUGAUGAGAAGGUGGAGGUGAGGGAACAUGGCUACCUGACUCUCCUGCAGCUCAGGAGUCCAAUACUCACCUUCAGGCAGGACCUGAACACCUUCAAGGCCCAGGUCAGCACCAUCCUGAAUGUUCUUCCACCUCCCAGUGUCCAGUGUCAGCACAUGACUAUCUCUGGGAAACACGUGACCGUCCUCAAAGUGUUGAACUGCAGCUCUCAGGAUGAGGUGUGUGUCAGAGAUGUGAAGAUCGUUCCUAACUAUAACUCGUCCUACCUCCCCAUCAUGCCAGAUGGUUCAGUUCUCAUAGUCGACACUGUCUGCCACCAAUCAGCUGAGGUCACCGUGGCUUCAUUCUAUCGGAUAGACAGCGGGUCGUCGCGUUUGCCCAGCGUGCUCAGCGCCCUGGAGGAGCAGAACUUCCUGUUCCAGCUGCAGCUACAAGACAAAGCCGAGGAGGACUCCAGUGAGGGUUUUGAAGUCCCGCUGGUGGCUGUGUUACAGUGGUACACUCCAACACUGCCUUUAACAAGAUACAUCUCCAGCUGUUACUCGUUGCCCAGUAUCCGCUUGCAUCGUCCUCGGCUGGUGAUGACAGCUUCCUGUCCUCGCGCCGUCAGGCCUCUGGAGCACUUCUGGGUGAAAUACACCCUCCUCAACGACUUGCAGGACUUCCUGGCCGUCCGUCUGAUCUGGAAUUCUGACGCUGGUAAAGGAGGCCAGCAGGACCACAAGGCCCACCCAGCAGUGGUGUGCCAGUCUCCCCUCAACAACCUGGGCCAGUGUAGGAAGGGCUCCACCCUCUCCUUCACCGUGGCCUUCCAGAUCCUCAGGACCGGACUCUUCGAGUUGAGCCAGCACAUGAAACUGAAGCUCCAGUUCACAGCCUCGACGCCGACUCCUCCGGUGGAGCCUCGGUCACCGCUGAGGAAGUCUCCGUCAUCAUCAUCGUCAUCCAGAGAACUGCUGGAGAGACACAGCGUUGGCCGAUCUCAGAGCUUCUCCCACCAGCAACCGUCCAGGUCGCACCACGUCAGGUCAGGCAGUGUGAUGGAGCGCCGGGCCGUCACCCCUCCUGUAGGAUCUCCGCUGGGCAGAGGCCUGCACCUGCCCCCACCCGACCACGCCCUCAUUUCACUGGACAAAAUAGCCAAGAGAGAGUGUAAGGUGUUGGUGCUGGAACCGAUCCACGAGGCACACAGCAGAUGACCUGGAGAGGAAGGUUUUUUACUGAAGACACACAGUGUUCGGUGCCUCCGUCCAGCCGCCAGAGCCCCAUCAUCCUCGGCCCGAAGGCAACGAGACGUGGAUGGAGUGAUGGAUUUAUGGAGGGAGGAGCAGCCGAGAGGGACGGUGACUGGCCAGAGAGGAGCAGUGGUGCUGAUGAGAGGAAGGUGAAGCUGCUGGUCAGAAGAAAAGCCCCAAUUCUUCAUUUCAUUGGUUUAUCAUUUCAGUUUUUUUACAUUUCCUUCAAGCCUUCAUUCCAUUUUACUCGUUUCACUGCCUUCCUAUGCCUGUUGAUAUUUAUAGUUACUAGUUCUUUACAAGACUUUUUAGGAAAUUAUCGUUUUCUUUUCCUUUUUUAUGGCAGCUCGUUUUCUCAUAGGAACCCCCAGAUUGCCUGGGAGCACAUAUUAAGUAGUAGUAGAUCCAGUAGUUGGUAUUUCCUUUGAUAAACAGUCCGACAUUUAGUGAAAUGCACUUGUUUGCCAUCGAACUCACAGUUAGAUGAGCUGCAUCUGAAAACACAGACCAUGCGACAGUCCUAUCUCAGCGUGUGCACUAUAUGGUCCAGGUUAGCAGUUUCCCCCUGCUUCCAGUCUUUGUGCUAAGCUAAGCUAAGCUAUUUCUUUGCUUUAACAUACAGAUGUAACAUUGAUAUUGAUCUACUGAAUCUGAUUCUGGGUGUGACGGGACUUCCUACAGUAUCAGAUAUUAAACGGCAGCUUAGGUUUCGUCAUCGAAAUCUGAAACAGUCUUAGGGGCUCUUUACAUUUUGGGAAAUGUGUUAGUAAUCAUAAAUUAAUAUUGAUAGAUUUAAGGUUACAAAUGUGUAUGUUAAAUAGGUUUACUUUAACUGGAUGAGAGCUGCGUCUCGACUCAGACUUGAAGGGCUGUCGUCUUGCACCUUUAGCAGGAGGUGGUUUGCACUCAGACUGACAUAUAUCGGCCUAUUUUUUUAUAGGAUAAAACUAAAACAUGUGAGUGUGAUCCAGCUGCGUAGUAAUAACAGUAGUCUUUACACUGGCUGAUUUAUUUAAAUGCAAUUGUCUUAAUGAUACCUAUUUAUUGUUAAUGUUCAGGUUUUAAGUUGAUGUUUUUUGUUUUUUAUUUGACCCCUCGCAUUCAUUCCAGCACCUUUUACAGUGUAGUAGUCCUCCUCGUUUCAUUGUCCAGUAAUUCAAACCCUAGCAUUGUGACGUAAUCGCUGAUAAUGACUUGCAUGUAUAAUGUGAGCCUCGUGUCGAGUGUCUGCAGUAGAAACAGGGUCCAACUAAAGCUGCUUAGAGCCGGCGCUUUGUGUUCACGUUCACUUUUUUUACAUUUCUAAAAUCUAUGUUUAUAGCAUUUCAUUAAAGCUUUUAAAUAAGUCAGAUAAUUACAACAGAAUUAUUCAUUUCUUAGGGUGUUUCCCCAGAAAGAUUUGUAAUUUUUGUUUUUCAGACUCUCCCUAGGGCAGGGGUCAGCAACCUUUACGAUCAAAAGAGCUGUUUUAGGCAAAAAUAAAUAAAUAAUAAUCUGUCUGGAGCC